ACAUUCGGCGUAGCGCUACAAGUCGCUAAUCCAUAAGUUGCCUUUGUCCACUCAAAAUUUACGAUUUUCGCCUCCGCCGAGGUACCCACGACUACAGUCAUUCAGUUAGGAUCAGAGGACUCGGCAGUACCGCCGCCUCUAAACCUUCCGACCAGAGACGCUCAACAAGAACAACAUAGUCCACGGCCUCCAGGAGCAAAAAGGGGCAAUCGUCUGAAGAGAGAUCAUACUCUGAAUUUCAUCAAGGAGUCUCCUUGGUCCGUGUAUCAAAAACAAGUCGAGGUGUCUUACAAAACGCGCCGACAUUCAUGCAUUGUAGCACAGAGGCGAAGCGAAGGUAAUGCUAGAGUUCAUAUCAAGAAGAUUAUAGAGCAUUCCAAAGAAGCCACUGCCAAUAAUCUGCUGCUGCUUCAGUCCGCUCCAGAUUUUUUCGUCCCCAUUCUCGAAGCUUACGAGCAACCAUCGUCUAUGUACCUUGUUUACGAGCUGGUCGAGCACACUCUCCAGGAUUUAGUUCGAAGCCAGCACUCCCUCGAGGUCAAAGAGCUAGGGGCCAUAGUGAAACAGAUUCUUGAAGGACUCAAAUACCUCGAAGUAAACAGCAUAGGGCUCCUGGACCUCGAAUGUGCAGAUAUUAGGUUCAGGCCAAAUGGCUGCCUCCAGAUAGGAAGCUUCAACCUCUGCGUCUGGACAAAAGACCAGAUCAGGCUCCGGACUUCCUGGCUGAAGUCGAUUACUUCUAGUCUGGUCCAGAAAACCACCGCCGGUGUCACGGAACUAAAGCUGUGGGAUUCAUGCGCCAUGGAAUUUUUUGCUGCGAUCGAACGUGGCGACUCGUUGAAUCAGCUCUGUCAACAUGAACUGGUGAAAGAUUCUCUGGACAAGAGAAUUCUCUCAAAGCUAUGGAGUAUGAUCAGAUAUACCAUACUCCCUCAGCCGCUGGCCAACAUGGUGACGCUAUGUCCUACAGCUUGA